ACUCCUCCUGUGUUGGCUCUAGGCUCCAUGGCGCUCUGGUUGACUAUGGUCAUUGCUCUCACCUGCCUUGGUGGCCUUGCCUCCCCGGUCCCUGGGCCUAACAGCAUAGCCCUCAGGGAGCUCAUUGAGGAACUGGAUAACAUCACCCAGAAUCAGGCAUCCCUCUGCAAUGGCAGCAUGGUGUGGAGCGUCAACUGGACCUGGACCGGCAGCAUGUACUGUGCAGCUCUAGAAUCUCUGAUCAACGUCACCGACUGCAGCGCCAUCCAAAGGACACGGAGGAUGCUGAAAGCACUGUGCUUUCAGGAUACGUUGGCAGGGCAGAUCUCCAGUGAGCGCAGCCGAGACACCAAAAUUGAAGUGAUCCAGUUGAUGAAAAACCUGCUCACACAUGCCCGGCAACAUUUUCGCCACGGGAGGUUCACAUGAAGCAUGAAAACCUAGCAUCCUUAUUUGCAGAGGCAGACCUGACCAUUUA